CAUAGCUUUGUAAAAUUCUUACAGAUUCUCAUAAAAGUUCAUCAUUGUGCAGUAAAUGUAGCCGACACAUUAAUUUGCUCCGAAAAAUAUGAUCAAAAACCCAGUCUUCCAUUUGUACCUGGUUAUGAAUUUUCUGGAGAAGUGCUGCAGGUUGGCUCCAAAGUGAAGAAUUUUUAUGUUGGCGAUAAAGUAAUUGGUUUGAACAAAGAUAAUUUUUCUGCGAUGGCUGAAGAGUGUGUGUCUGAAGAAAGAGAUCUGUGGAAAAUUCCUCAAGAUGUGGCUUUUGAUUCUGUUGCUGCACUAGUUGAUAGUUAUGCUACAGUUUUAAUAGCUGCUCGGAGAGCCAACCUUUGUGAAGAGGAUGAAGUUCUUGUGACUGUUGCUGCUGGAGGUCUAGGACUGGCUGCUGUUGAUCUUGCUUCAAAUUUAUUUAAAGCAAAAGUGAUUGGUGCCUGUGAUACUGAAGAAAAAGCAAGCAUCUUAAGGGAGAAAGGAGCAUUUUCUACUAUCAAUUAUACCAAAAAGGAAAUAGCAAAAAUUGUUAUGAAGGAAACUAAUAACAGAGGAGUAAAAAUAGUUUUUGAUGCUGUUGGUGGAGAUGUGUUUGAAGAUUGCUUACAAAGCAUUGCAGCUGAAGGUUGCAUUGUCGUUCUUGGAUUUUCAUCUAGGAAAAUACCUCAGAUACUUACAAGUCAGUUGUUGCCUAAGUCAUGUGCCCUUAUAGGUGUUUCACUUACACAUUAUCAAAAGAUGAUUAAUGAAACUUAUCGAAGUACUGUUCAAGAAGUCAUAGACAUGUAUUUAGAAGAUUUCAUAGAUCCACAUAUUGCAGCACACUUCAAACUGAAAGAUGUCAAUGAUGCUAUUAAACAUGUUGAAGAAGGAAAAUCUGCAGGAAAAGUUAUAUUAGAUAUUGUAUAAGUUAUGAUCUUUAAUGAAUCCAACACAGUAUUAUUCUUUAUGUGCUUCUUUGUAUAAUAAAAAUACUUAUGCUUCUGGUA